AUGACUCUGGACAUUUCUUUCAAAGGUGAGUGCCCAAUUCCAGUUCUCCCUCCACAUUCUUCACUAAAAGAAGGAGAGCUAGCAGAUGCCUAUGCUGUUGGAACUGUUCUGCAGUUACAGUGCAUCCCAGGUUAUGUGAAUAUAUCUGGAACAAUUCCUACUAUGAUAUGCCUUGACACUAAUAAGUGGUCAGAUCUUCUUACACUUUGCCAAGGUGUGUGUCCAACUCCGAUCCUCCCUCCCCAUUCUUCACUAAAGGAAGGACAAGAGCUAGCAGAUGCCUAUCGUAUUGGAACUGUUCUGCAGUUACAUUGUAUCCCUGGUUAUAUGCCUAUACCUGGAACAAUUCGUUCUAUGGCAUGUCUUGACAUUAAUAGAUGGUCAGAUCUUCCUAAAGCUUGUCAAAGAAGAAAUUGUCCUACUCCACACAUAGAAAAUGGCAACAUAGAAUCUGGAGAUGGCAUCUUGCUCGGAGAUCAAAUAACCCUUUCUUGCAAUCAUGGAUAUAGAAUGAGAGGUUCUUCCACUGUACAGUGUGUUUUGAGGUUUGGAAAAGUUGACUGGGAUAGAGGACUUCCACAUUGCAAAAGUAUUCCUUGUGCUAUCCCACCUGUAAUUGCCAAUGGAAUAUAUAACCCAAGUCCUUCAGAUGAAUACUACGUUGGCUUGACAGUAACAUAUUUAUGUGACCGUGAUUACUCCCUGAUUGGAGAUUCAACUAUUCAAUGUGAAGUUGCAGAAAAUGGGGUAGAUGGAAUAUGGAAUAUGCUUCCACCUGAAUGUAAAAAAGUCAAGUGUCAUAAACCAAACAUCCAAAAUGGGAUAAGGCGAGAUUGGUUUGAUCGCAGGAAUACAUAUGAGUAUCAGACUAUGAUAUCGUUCAAGUGCGAUUUUGGCUACACUAUGGUAGGGUCACCAAGUGUUCAAUGUGAUGCUAAUAGUGAAUGGAAUCCUCCUGUUCCGCGCUGUGUUAAGAGUGUAGUCAUGACUACUACCAAACCAACCAGAUCUUCCCCAUUUGCUCUUUCCCCUAACCCCUCAGAAGAAGGUAAGACUGAAGGAUCUGGCAAAACAAUUGGAAUUACUAUUGUUAUUUCAUGUUUGCCACCAUCAGAUAUUCCCCAUGGCAAGCACAUUGGAAAUUAUUUGGAAGAUUUCUCCUAUGGGACAGGCAUAACAUAUACAUAUGACAAAAGCUACCUCUUCAUUGGAAAUGCUUCUAUUUACUGUACUACUAAAAACAGGAUAUAUGGAGAAUGGAGUGACCAUGCAUAUUGUGGAGCUGGGAUUUCAUGCUCCAAUCCUUGUUCUUGUGUUAUUCCCUAA